UAUCAGAGCCGCACGCUGCACAACACACUCAACUCACCAACGUAAUUGUGCUCACCGCAAAGCAGGAAGAAGUCGCCUAAGUGUUCAACAGCAGUCCUUCUCUCGUUCAAAGAUGACAAUGGCAGUGACGUCAAAACUUCUAUUUUUACUUCUGGCAACUUCCGUCAGCGGUAAGCAAGAGAGUUGCAGCUCCCGGAAGGACAAAAUACAGAGUGAUGGGCUGGGAUGUUCUGAAGAAACGCAUCAUCUUUACACAGAUGUUGAUCUUAAAGCAAACCUCGGAAGCAGGAGCCAUUUGGAAGGACAAGGACUGCAGACGGGAAAGAAAGAGCUGAGAAUAGUGAUGGUCGGAAAGACUGGAGUGGGGAAGAGUGCGACGGGGAACACCAUCCUGGGAGAAGAGAUGUUUGAAUCUCAGCUCUCUUCCUCGUCAGUAACGUCUGACUGCGAUAAGAAUCGAAGGGUUGUGGACGGUAUGGAGGUGGUGGUGGUUGACACGCCUGGCCUGUUUGACACGCGACUGAGCAAUGAGCAAGUCGCUAAGAGAGUGGCCAUGUCCAUUUCCUUGUCUGCGCCGGGGCCUCAUGCCUUCCUGGUGGUACUCCAGCUGGGCAGGUUCACAAAGGAAGAGAACUCCACGCUGGAGGACAUACAGAGGAUCUUUGGCCAGGAAGCGGCACGCUACGCGAUAGUGCUGUUCACACAUGGAGAUAAACUGAAGAAAACAACUAUGGAAGAAUUUUUAGCGCAAGACAGGACAGGGCUUAGCGGGUUUAUCAGGAAAUGCAACGGCAGAUAUCAUGUCUUUAACAAUGAAGAUAUGGGAAAUCGCGUCCAGGUCUCGGGGCUGCUCACUAAGAUUAAAGAGAUGGUGGCGAUGAACGGAGGAGGCUUCUACACUAAUGAAAUGCUACAGAUGGCAGAGAAAGCCAUUGAGCUGGAGAAGGAGAGGAUUCUGAAAGAGAACGAGGAAAAGAGGCACCAGGAAGAGGAGGAGCUCAAGACCCAUUUGAAAGGGGAGGCACUGGAGGAGGCUUUGAACAAGCAUCAGCAAGAACACGAAAAGCUGGCUAGAGCUAAGGCCGAGAGGAAUAAUACAUUUCUGAAGAACGCAGUUAUUGUUAUUGUUAAUGCAUUAGCUGGGGCAGCAAUAGGUGCAGCUUCUGAAGGUUGGCAGGGAGCAAUAGUGGGUGCACUGCUAGCAGCAGGAGAUGCAAUAAAGGAGAUGACAGAAUAAAUGAAUGGAAAAAGCUUUCCAUUUAGCAAUACAAAACCUUAGAAUCGAAUUUUGUCAAAGAACAAGACCAGAGACUUUACAACUUCUCAGAAACAUUACAUGUAUAGAUACAUGAAUUUUUCAGCCCUUCUGCAAAACAAAAUAUCAGAAUAUUUUGUUAGUUUUUCUAUUAUUGUGAUGACGUAGAGCGUAAUACUUGCUGUAUUGUCUUAGGCUAUGUUCAGGCUGCAGGCUUUCAUACUACGGUCCAAGUUGUCGCUCCUGUUCGAUUUGUUUCCAGACCGUACAUAUUCAUUUUUUAAAAUAUCUGAAAUCAGUGUGAACAGACUUCUGUCCUGAAAUGUACCGCAUGCACAUAUAAACAACAACAAAAGACGUCACGUCUGUCUAGUCACACAAAAUAACAAAGACAUCCACAUGCUCAGAGUGAAAUGCGGACAUGCAUUUUCAGUUUCACCGUUAAUAGGAUUCAACAGGAGGGACAAAAACACCAGCAUUAUGGUAAAACAUAGGAUAUACUAAUACACUGUGGUGAAGUAAUGGUGGAGAACACAAAUGUAAUUCUCCAUGCAUUAGCAAAUUUUAUUCAUAUCAAGGCUAUUUUUGUGUUAUGGUAGCAGUUGGCCCUGGAUUCUUGACUAGGUAAUGAGGAACCGUUUGCAACAGCUGUAGCUGUAGGAGAGAAACAAUAUUCACCAUUUGCCAGUUUUGCCCUUGUGGCUAUUUUAAAGCGAAGCAACAUGCUUUUGUGAUAGCUUUUCUCUAUUUGUGUAUUGCUGUGAGAUUUUUCUUUGAUAAAAUACACUUUCUGUUUGUCGUGUUAACCUUUAUUUUGCUUUUGUUUUCAUUUGUAAUAUGUCUAAGUCUUGGUG